AGCAGCUGGGGAUGAAGUGAUUCGCUGCUCAGAGAGGGGGUGAAGGAGCCUUCCACCUCUGCAUCACUUCCUUUCUCGUUACUUUUCCUGCCGCCAGCGUUGCUGUUUUGUUCUGAUUUGUGUUGUUUCUUAAACUUUUUCCCCCCUCCUUUUAUUUUCUUCCAGAACCUACCAUGAUUGUGGCUGACUUUAGAGCGAUGGUCCUCUUAGCUUUUACACUGAUGGUUGCUGAACAAACCCUUGAGAAGAAUAUCUCUAUGCCGACCCAGCACCCUACCAAGAACACUUCCCCAACUCCUGCUUCUCCUCAGCAGUCUACGUCUCCACAGGAGUCUCCUGCCCCUGUCCUGGUCCUGCUUGCAGUUCACUGGACUGGAAUAUGUGAAGCCACCAUCUAUGUGACUGAAAAUCCGUUUUUGAAUUACACCUCUUUGCCUCUUAGUUCGGACUCUGACGCAAAAAUACAAGGGAUUUUGGAGGAUGUGUGUCAGAAAAAGACUGGCUGCCAAGACAAAAUGAACUGGAAGAAUAUAUCCAGUAACGCGGAUUGUUACAGUGUGAAUGGGAAACAACUAACCAGGACAAGAAACUGCUCGGCUCUGGGGGUCACAUGUGAAGCUGUGGUGCCUUCAGAUGAGAAUUCAGAUCUGCACGUCUACAAGGUGGUAACGGCUCUGCUAAGCUGUGCACUGCUCGUCAUGCUGCUGGUUCACUUCACCAAACCCACAGUGAAGGCUCUCCAGAGAAGGCUAUCAGAAAGGAGGGAGCAUCGCUGGAUUGGACCUACACAAAGCCACAGUGUGUCUUACCAUCGAGGGAAAACAACAGUUAAAAACGAUGAAGAGAACAGAUUGUCCUUCCAAGCUCUGGAGCGUUUGGCUAUCAGCAACAGCAGUGAGCGGACCAGCACCUACAACUUCUAACACCUACAUCUGAAACACCAUCAUGUUCAUCAGCAAGAGACUUGUUGGUCUGGUUGUUCUCUUUGGUGAUAUUUUUCAAGGAAUGAGUCACAAAAAUCAUGGAUUCAGAUGAUACUUAGAAACAUAUAUGAAGAAAAACUUCCUGAUCCAAUGUGGAAUUGUUGAGAUUUUGCUUCAUAAACUCAAGUUGUAUGUUUGGUUUGUGUAUUACUGCUAAAUGAGAUGUAUUGUUCUUCAUCUCUAUAAGCCUCAUGUUUGGACGUCAGGGAUGUAUGUUUUGUCAUCAUGUCUUGAAUUGUUUAUAGUCAUUUACAGAAGAUAAACACGCCAACAGCUAAAGAAUAUUUUUCCUUUUUUUACUCUUUUUUUUUUAGCUCAUUUCCAGUGAAGUUGUAUUACAUUUAAAUCGAAAUAAAGUAUAUAAUUCUGGAAGAACUCUACGAAAAAGGCUGAUCUAUAUGCAGAGAUAACUACUUUUUGGACAAUAGAAGCCUCUGGUUGAUUGAGAGGGAAUACCAGAUGGUAAGAAAGUCCAAUAUCAUCAAUCUAUUCCCCGUGGCUCCUAAGGAAGAAAACUGAAACUAUUACAAACUAGAAAACAAUUUGAUUACCUACAAUAAUACAAGUGAGAAUGUAAACUGAAUGUGCUUGUUGAAGAUGCUAAAGCUAAAUGCUAAUAAAAGCUGAAGUUCUUUGCCUAAAUUGUUGAGAGGAUUUACUUAAAUGUUAAAGAAGUUUGUUGAACUCGCUUAAA